AUGGAAACCUUCCCAGAAAAGAUUCCAGUUGCUGUAUUUCUCGCUGCUUUAAUGCCUGGUCCAACUUUCAGUGCAAACACCAUCUACACUGAGACAUGUAAUGCAGUAGUACCUGAACUUGAUAAUCGCGUUAUAUAUGACAAUGGACCUGAGAAUCCUCCAACUACCCUCAUCCUAGGUCCCAAGUUUUUAGCAACUAAUCUUUACCAGCUGAGCCCAACUGAGGAUUUGACAAUGGCUACUAAAUUGGUAAGGCCACUAUAUUUGUAUCCUGCGGAAGGGAUUUCUAAGAAGCUUGUUAAAAUUGGUCUCACACCCCAAAAGCUAGUUUAA